AUGGGAAAUGUUUAUUUCUCCAAAGUUCACAAUCAGAACGACACGUGGUGGUAUGUUGAUCUUCAGUCACCGUCGAUUGUAUCAAAGAUUGUUAUAUAUCACAGAGUUGAAUGUUGCCAAGAACAGUUGAAUGGUGCUGUUGUUCGUGUUGGCAAUAGUACAUCUUCACCGUUUACCAGAAAUACCCAAUGUGGACCUACUAUUACAAUGGAGAUGAUAACAGAACCUUACAAGGAGCCAAUUGAAAUGACUUGCACCCCGCACACGACAGGUCGAUAUAUCACUAUAUAUUUAAAUAGUUCCGAACCGUUGGUCCUUUGUGAGGUACAAGCGUACAAAGAUGUUGGGAGUCCAGUCAUCGUAUGUCCUGAAAAUAUUGAUGCUGUCUCUGAACUUGAGCAAUCGAAUAUAACUUGGAAUGAGGUAAAUGUAACUGACAAUGUUGAUAACGAUCUCGGAGCUGCCUGUGAUCCACCUUCUGGGUCGCUGUUUUCUGUCGGCUCAACUAACGUUACGUGUACCGUCACUGAUGCAGCUAGAAAUGAAGGCAGUUGUUCGUUUAUUGUCAAUAUAAACGAUACCGGUAGUCCUGUCAUCACGUGCCCCGAAAAUUUUUUUGUAAGAUUUGAACAUGAUGUUGACCAGCAUGUGCAUCCGGUGACUUGGAGUGACGUAAAUGUAACUGACAAUGUUGAUACCGGUCUGAGAGCUACAUGUAGUCCAUCUUCUGGUUCGCUGUUUGCUGUCGGCUCUACUAAUGUUACAUGUUCUGCUGUGGACUUGUCUAAUAACAACGAAAUGUGUACAUUUAUAGUUACUAUUAAAGAAUAUGAAAAGAAUGGUUCUAUUAAAGUACAUGACCUUGUGGAAACAGCGUAUAAUUCAUUAACCAUCAACAACGAAAUGACCGAAUUUAAUAUGGCCGACCUUACCGACAUGUUGUUCAUCAACUUAUAUUCUCGUAUCGACGAAGAGUUUUAUAAGAUAUCUUUUCCUAAAAUAGAGUUGGUUGCUACCAAAUUAAACUUAAAUUCGUGGAAAAAUUAUUCGUUUUCGGUGGAUUUAAAAAAUGUCUCAAUUGAUCUGGAAUUUAAUACGGUUGUUUCAGGCGCAGUUAUAAGCAUUAUUGCAUGUGUUUUGGAUUAUAACUAUACCAACGACACCCACAUUGACAGAAACCAAAUGUACUACCUUAAAUCACGACUGCUGUCCAUAGCAGCAUACACUGAGAACGGGACAGAGAUUUACCCAAAUGUUCAAUUUGAGAUAGAAACAAUAGAUAUCGAGCAAAUGCUGAUAGAAUCUCAAGAAACCAAGGACUUCAAUCUUACAUUAGUAUGUGGCUUCAUUGAUGUCAAUUUAAAAGAAUGGUCAACAUCCGGGUGCAAUUUAAUAGAAAUCAUCGCCACCAGAGCUGUUUGUAGCUGUAAUCACCUGACAAGCUUCGGGGUUCUAAUGCAAGUCACAUCUUACGAGCCAGAAAACCAGACACGGAAGGCUCUGUCAAUUAUUUCGACAAUUGGUGUCAUUCUUUCAAUCGUGCUCUUAACCGUCACUGAGGUCGUGUUUCUUGUACUCAAAGAUUUAUGGAAGUCUCUUCGUAACAACAUACACAAGAACCUGGUGUUCAAUCUGAUUGUCUUUGACGUCAUCUUUCUUGUGGGUAUUGACAAGGUUGACAACCCUAUAACAUGCAAGUCCAUCGCAAUGACCCUUCACUUAUUUCUGAUGACAGUUUUCUUCUGGAUGUUUGGAGAAGCUGUGUUUCUCGUCUUUAAAGUGAUGUACACAACGCCAAGCCGACAUAACAGACUGAGAAAUUAUAUGAUAUGUUGCUACUCGGCACCAAUAAUGAUUGUCGUGCCGAUCGCCAUAUUUGAAUAUGAUGUGUACGGAAAUACUUAUUGCUGGCUUGACUCAAAUGUCAACUGGUUAGUUGUUGCUCCAGCUGCUGCUAUUGUCUUGCUCAACACAAUAGUGCUUGUGAUGUUAGUUCGAAUAAUUCAUCAUCGGUCGGGAACUAACGUCCAAGCAUCCAGGCAACACGAGUACAAACAACUCAAGAAAGCAAUCAAGGGGGCGCUGUUAUUGAUGCCUAUAAACGGUGGGACGUGGAUGUUUGGCCCUUUGGCAAUGAACGAGGACUCUGUCUUUAUGCAAUAUCUCUUUGUGAUAUUCAACUCAUUUCAAGGCGUAUUCAUAUUCAUCGUUUAUUGUCUCCUGGACACUGAGGUGAAAUUAAAUUGGAAGAAGUUAUGCGGCAGAGGACGAAAUCAGAUUCAAACUACUAAGACUACAGGUAUUUCACAGGUCGAAAUAUAAACUGUGACUAUUGCUUAAUACUAGCAAAGAAUAUAGUUAGAAAACACUGAACUGAUGGAUAUUGUGUGUCCACAUAUGUUGAUGGAAAUCUUUUUAUAUGUUCGCAUUUAUAACACUCAUUACAUUUAUUAGUAGUCUAGUUAGCGGAGGGUCUCACUUGUACAAACCUUUGGGUUUCUCUAGACUCCUAUUUAUCAUUUUGACAUUCCAAUUAUUAUUAUUUGUUACUGCAGAUACUGUGUACAUUUAUUGCUAGUAUUGUUAUAUAACCAGGUAUUGUCAAUAUAGCACCAUAUGGGGUAAGAUAUUAUGUUCAUGUAUGUAUUUUAAUCCCACGAUUUCUAUUUGGAGUUUCUUCUAGCCAUGCAUAGCAUUGUCUACACUAUCAAAUUUCAUCAAAAAAGCAUCAGUAUAAAAUGUGAUGGAACAUAGAGUUGAACACGUUCAACUUAUUUUGAUACAAUUUGAUGAUAUGUGAUGUCAUAGUACCCAUAUAUGGGCAAAUCACAUUUUUUUGUCACCUAAAAUUUCAUAGUGUAGACAAAGCUUGAAGUGGGAAUGUGGCAAUUUGCUUGUUACUCAGUAGGUCAGUAGGUCAUUCAGGAUACUGCUCCCUGACGUUAUCAAUUGCUGGCCUACUAAGAUGAGUGUUCUAAUGAUCAGCUCUACUGGGAUGGAUACUCACUUUUUAAAAACCUCAAAGUAAAAUAAUUUGGGGUUUUUUUUAAAUAUUCCACUCAUUUACUGUAUUUUAAUACUCUUUAACUAAUUAAAUAAUUAGGCUCCGGAGGAAAAAAAAUUGAUAUUUUGUAGAGCUGG